CCUAUGUUUUGUAAAUGUCCAAAGAUGAUGAUGAUCGGCGAAGUCCCCACUAGACCAAAUCCCACCAUCCAAAUUCCCCCAUGGGACCCAUAUGAUGAUCCGGCGGCUAUCCUGUCUCCUUCCUACCACGGCAUCAACCCUUCCGUCAACUUCAACGGCAAUGAAAAUGGUCUGGAUUCUCUGAUGGCUUUCCACCGGUACCUGCCGUCAAACGAGUUCAUUUCUACCAAAGAGUCGGACUCAUUGAGUGAUGACUUGGACUUGCCGGUGGAUGCGUAUUCGUGCGAUUUCUUUCGCAUGUACGAAUUCAAAGUACGGAGGUGCGCACGUGGCAGGUCACAUGACUGGACAGAGUGUCCGUACGCCCAUCCGGGAGAGAAGGCCAGGAGACGUGACCCGAGAAAGUACCACUAUUCGGGUACGGCAUGUCCCGACUAUCGCAAAGGCGGGUGCAAAAAAGGCGACUCUUGCGAAUUUGCUCAUGGAGUGUUCGAGUGCUGGCUCCACCCAGCCAGGUAUCGGACUCAGCCAUGCAAGGAUGGUUCGGGUUGCUCCCGCCGCGUUUGUUUCUUUGCUCAUACACCCGAACAGCUUCGUGUUUUGCCACAGCAGAGCCCCAAGGGGAAUCCAAAUGUGUCGACUGAUUUUGAUUAUGGGUCUCCUAUUCGCCGCCGUUUUGAUUUUGACUCGUAUGGUGGUGGCUCGUUUGUUUCUUCACCGACUUCUAUUUUGACAUCGCCUCCUGUUUCUCCGCCUUCUGACUCGCCACCAACCUCGCCGAGUUAUGACGGAUCGUUUAACUCUGUGAGUGAAGUCGUGGGUUCCAUGCGAGGCUUGCAGAUUGGGAAGGUUAAAAUGGGUAAAGCUUCUGCUUGGGGUUUACAAAUGGGUCCCGGUUACUUGUCGCCCCGUGGUUCAAUGCUUAAACCCGGUUUUUAUAGCCUUCCUUCAACUCCGACCCAGACCCGGGUUCGUUCCGGACCCAGUCAAUUCGAUCUCUGGGAAAGUCCCUGCCAAGAAGAGCCAUCCAUGGAAAGGGUCGAAUCUGGAAGAGACUUGAGGGCAAAGAUUUAUGCUAAACUGAGUAAGGAUAAUUCUCUUGAUCGAGUUGACUCGGCCUCGUCAGCUCCUGAUGUUGGGUGGAUAUCGGAACUGGUGAAGUGAAUCUGUAUAGAUUCAUUUCCGUUUUGAUUGAAUUUUUGUUGGCUAAUUUCGGAAAUCGUGAUAAUCGGCGGCCUUUGUUCUUCUGUCUUUGUGAAUAUGCAGUUGGAUUUUGGAUAUUGCUGUGUAAAUAUCCUGACAGCUUGAGAGGAUGUUAAUUCUCCAUUUUGUGGUGCUUUUAAUUUUGGUUAAGAAAGAUUGCAACUUUUGUACAGGGAAGGAUUUGUCAGGCUGCCGAAGAACGGAUGGCGGUUUGUUUUAUUAUUUCAUCUUUGAAUUGUAUUUUCUUUGGACAUUAUGUCUAAUUUUCUCGGAAAAAUAUUGUCGAUUGUAUGUUUA